GGGGUAAAUCCGACACCGGCGGAACCUGGAGCAGCACAACAACGAAUAUCUGACCUCGACCUCCCUGGACGGUGCUGAACUGGUAGUUAAAAUAGAGAUGGCGAGAUUUCGCAUCACCCCGUCUCCUCCUCCAACACACAUGCUGCCGAGGCUGAUGAUGAUGAUGAUGAUGAUGUUUGCGUAGGAGUGUUUUAUUUUGCGGACAGCUUCGGUUAACCAGUAGGUACCGUUCAAGCAACUCCAGACAAUCGGUGGAUGGAACUGCGUGUUGCUGACUGCCUGCUUCAAACGCAUCUUCCACAAAUCACAGCGUACCAUUGUUACUGGAGUGCUUUUCGCUGCUCUUAUUGCAAGUCUGGAACGGGAAAGAAAUUGUUUUGCAUGAUAACGGUGUGCGUGGAAAAGUACUCUUCAUACAAAGAAUACGACUAUUAAAGGUGGACAUUUUAAAAAAAUUUUUUUUUUUGCAAAGGGCGUAUCUGCAAAUUUUUUACUAAAGAGCAACUAAAGCGGAACCAGGCCCAGUGGGUUUUAUUUUGACCCGAGUCGAACUCCAUCCCCACUUCGAUCGCAGGCACUUCUGUGUUUAGUUCAUAUCUUUAUCGACAUUGGAGGCUUUUUUUCCCGGGGUGUUCACUGGUGGCAGUAUUCAGUGACUGAGGUUGAUAAACUACAGCCUGCUGAGGUCGGGACCUGAGCCCCAAGGAGCCACCCCUACCCUCAAUGUGACCCUGCGAAUUCCUCUUAUCUCUGCAGGGUGUUGAUGGAGAGCAAUUCGAAUGACAGCCGGGACUGUGGUCAUCACUGGUGGAAUUCUAGCUUCGGUUAUAUUACUCCUUAUCAUCGCAGUACUGUGCUACUGUAGGCUGCAGUAUUAUUGCUGCAAGAAAGAAGAGUCGGAGUCGGAGGAGGAGGAGCCAGACUUUGCCGUUACAUCUCGCCUCCCGCCGGUUCAUUCUAACCACAACAUUGUGGCGGCUACAGCCGCCGCCGCCUCCUCCAUCCCAAAUGGCCCUGCCCUUUUUUCAACCCCUCCAAUGGCCAGAAAACUGACACGUUCACAGACCUUCUGUCCAUCGUGUACACACUAUGAGAUGCCUUUCUACCUCCAGCCGCCUCAGCCGCAGCUCCACCACCAACCGGAUGGGUUGAGGAAUGGAGGGGACCGGAUCAGCUAUCGCAGCGUCCAGCAGCAGGAUCUGGACCUGCCAGUGCCUGUAAACAUUUCAAACUAUCGUAAACCAAACCUCGCCCGUUCGGUUACCAUGAGGGACAUGUUCACACGCAGCUGUAGCAUCAGCACUGAUGUUUAGCUGGGUGAAGCAUAAUUCAGUUUAAGCUGAUGAUUAAAUUCAUCUGAAUGGCGUGGACUGGGCUGGUCUUGAGUGAGACUGUGUUUUUGUCAUCUUGACCUGUGUAGUCUGAUCUAGUCUCGUCUCAUUCUACCAGUCACCUUUUGCAGAAUGGAGGACUCAACUGGCUCUCAGGACAGUUUUUUCAAAGGUACUAUGCUCAGGUCGAUGACCUCACAUUUGGGCCAAUAUAAAGUAUUUAAAAAUGUUAAAUUAUCAACAACAUAAACUUGAUUUGUUUUGAAUUGUUGUUGUUGUUUUUUUAAAUAAUUUAUUUUAUGAUCUGAUGAAGUCUGUGUUACCGUACUUCCUUUGGACUCCUCUCCCCAUAGAUAGGAUAGACAGAUUCAUGACAUGUGAAAAUGAUGUGAUCAGUAGGGAUUUCUGUCUUUUGGAGCUGCUACAAACAGAAUAUGAUUAAGAAAAGUCCAGUGUUUCCCUCUCUUAUGAUGGGAUUAUUUGUCUGGUCCUCAAUCCACAGAUUAUAGAGGCUAUGAAAUAUCAUUCACAGCCAGUGGAGAAAGGAGGGGGUUGUCAUGUUUCGCUGCCACCCGCAGACAUUUUAGGCAGACAUAGUGAUACACGAUAACAUUUAAAGACAUAAAGGGCUCACAGAAGAUUUUCCUCAUCCUUUCAUUGAGGCGUGUAGUUUGAUGGGAGGCUGGUGUCUUGGAGCAUCUGUUGAAAACACAGUGUAUAUACAGUAUUUUACACUUCAGAAGAGAAGAUUCUCUGCAUUCUUGCAGGCAGGGUGGACUAGGUGCCAAAAAGGUCUGUGAUCUUCAUUUGUGUGUAUAUAUGUGAGUGUACUGGCAUGUGUGUGUGUGUAUGCGUGGGCGCGUGUGUGUGUGUGUGUGUGUCUCGAUCAAUUGUUAUACCAGAAUUUUUAUUCCAUCCACUUGUACACAACUGGUCAUCCCUGUGUAUAAUGAACCCAAAGGUGGGUUGCAAUAACCUUUUAUUGGAAAGGGUGAAGGGAUUAUAUUAUUUCUUUAACCUAAAUUCAUAGUAAUGCAAAGACUGACCCAAACAGAUUAUAUAACAAACAAAAUGGAUUUGCAACUAUUUUGUAAAUGUUUAUUUUACUAAUUAAUGCUAUAAUACUGACUCAAGUUGUAGAUGGCAGUCAGAAAAGCAAAAUGUUUUUACAGUAAAACACUUUAAACUUCCAAAUGUGAACUCAAUUAUAGUUCUUCACUGAAGUUUGUGGACUUACACUGCAUUCGAUGUGUUGUCUCUGAUUUAUUGAUAUAUGGAUUCCUGGGCUAAAGAUUCACCUUUAAAGGCACAUCUAUAAAUAUUUAAGAGGCCAUAACAUACACCGCAGUCUCUCUCCUCUCUCCAUUCAUUGGACUGAAGAUUAUAUGCUCUUGCUCUGAGGUACUCAGUGUUCCUUCUUGGGAUUGUUUUUAUUUUCCGCGCUUGGCUGACCGGCCUGGCUGGAGGGCUAAUUUUCUGACUGGAGGAACAGUUGGUGACUUUUAUGGACAGAGAACACACCAUUAAUAAGUGAAAUUAUUUACUGUUUGAAUUCAAAACAGGAAAUGCCGGUGGUUGUGAGAGAGACUUGAAGGUGAUUGGAUUGUCCUUUUUGGACCCAGAUACCACCCUCUCUUGCAAAUGGAUGGUAAAAGCUGUACUUCCUCUCCCUUUUUCUGUCUCUGAUUGAUUUUUUUUUUUAAUUACUCAUUUAUUUUUUGCCAGACUGUGAAACAGUGAGUAAUUUUGUUUUUAUUUUUUCCUUGGUAAAAUGUGCUUUCCUGCAAAUACGCUAAGCCACAAUACACACAUUUCUAAAUCUAACUUUGCGAGGACACUCAUUUACAUCCCCCUAGUCCCUGAUCCUAACCAUCU